AUGGGAACUGCAGCAUCUAUCAUUAAAGAAUGCCUUCUCAGAAUGUCGUUGGCUCGUGCCUAUCUGGGGAUGCAAUGCUUCUGGGGAGAAUCUGCAUUUGCCAAGCUGAAAAGGCGUGAAAAAGACGCGUGUGGGCUAUGCUGGAGGCACGACCGUCAACCCAACAUAUCGAAAUUAUCGGGACCAGCACAGUUCGAUCCGUCGCAGAUCUCGUACCGCCAAGUGCUCGAUUUCUUCUGGUCACAUCACAAUCCAGCUGAACUACGGAAAAAGCAGUACCAGUCGGCGAUCCUUUACGAGACAGAGGACGAGAAGAAGAUCGCCGAGCAUACCUACGCUCAGGCUCGGACGAAAUACGGCAACAUAGAGACGUAUGUGGUCAAGUUGGACAAGUUCUACCAGGCUGAGGACUAUCACCAGAAGUACUGGCUCCGAAACAGGCAUGACAUAUUCGAUGAACUCAAGCUGAGUGAUGACCAAGUCGCCAACUCUGUUCUGGCAGCCAAGAUGAACGCCUAUUGUGCUGGUUAUACGGACUUCUCCGAGUUGGAGGAGCUGAAGAAAGAACAUGGACUCAGCGACAGCCUGGUGGAACGAGUCAAGCAUUUCGCGCUAGCUGGCGGUGAUCCAAGAAAUUGCCACUAA